GCGGCUGCGGCUGCCAACGGUCGCAACGGGCGAGGCGCCAAGCGCUGGCCCGGGCCAGUGGUAGGGCUCCGGGGCGCGUAAGCGUGGUCACGGCCCUCCCCGCCUUGCAGCUGGCGCCGGAGGAAGCGCUGAGGGUCUUUUGCUUCUGCAUUUUAAGAACAGAAAAUGUCUGAAGUUAAGCAGAGGAAAAAAGGUAUUUCUUCAUCGAAGACCAGUGAAGGUUCACCAAAGGUUGAGAAGCACAGUAACUCUGGGAAGCUGGCAAGUCCCAGGACCAGCAAUAAUCGGAGUUCCUUUUGGAUGGACUCACGGACAACUUUGAGCAUAAUUUCCCUUGCUGUUUGCCUGGUGCUGACCUGGUUCCUAUUUCAUCAGUCAAGUCAAUUUGCUGAUAUGGAAAAAAAAUACAAUUUUUUACAGCAAGAAGCUGAAAAAUUCCUGGAUGUUGAAAAUAAAGUUAACUUAAUUUCUGAAAAGCUUGAGUCUUCUGAAAGUAUCCUACGAGAAGCUGCCUCAUCCAGCUCUGUGAUGACUGAGUUUGAGCAGGAAGUAUCUUCUCUUCAUAACAUCAUAAAUGAUAUUCAGAACAAUGAGCAGAUUCUCUCUAGAAAGAUGCAGAGCAUUAAUGAGAAGUUCCAAAAUGUUACAAAUUCCUGGAGAAGAAACUUGGAUGAAAUGAAUACAAACACUAGUGGUUUAAAAUCUGAAGUGAAGUUCAUACAUACAGAAGUUACUUCCCAAAUUAAUGAAGUUGACCAAAGAAUUAAAUCCCUUUCAGAAAGAGUAAAAGAUUUGGAAGACAGUACAGCCAGAAAUAUUAAAACACUAAAAAGGCAAGAAGAUGAUGAAUUCUCUAGAGUUGAACAAAAACUGGACUUACAUGCAAAGGCAGUUGAAAAGCUAGAAGAACAGCAGAAUAGUCUGGUAGCCAAGGACACAGACCUGAAUCAGAAACUUGCGAACUGUGAACCUAAAAUUGAGGAGUGCAAGACCCAUUUGCCAACAAUUGAAAAUGCUAUUCACUCUAUUCUUAGAUUAUCAAGUGAAUUGCUAAGCAUGGAGAAAAAGAUAGAGGACUUGACAACACAGCUAUAUACUGUGGAAAAUGAUAUGUUGAAAACUGCUUCUGAUACAAUGGCAAUGCAAAAGGUUCUUGAAGGCAUACAACACAAUGACAGCAUAUUGAAAGUGCAAAAUGAAAUAGUGGUUUUAAAAGAAGUAGUGCAUGACAUAAAAGUAUCUUCAAAAGUAGAAGAAAUAACUUUAGAAAGCUAUAACUUAGAAAAUGACCAGAAUGGGGAUAAGUGAAUUUGGACUUAGGGUUUUCAUUGAUGAAAGAGCACUUUAAUCUAUUAUAAAUAACGUGACUCCAACAUACGUUGAGGGUAGCUGAAAUAUUGCCAUCAAUUUAAAUAGGCAUUGGAUCAGACUGAAAGGCAAAAUAAUAAAGAGGUUAGAGAGCAAAAAAUACUCCUCCUUGUGUUGGAGGAGGCAAGGAGUAUUUUCUUAAAUGAAGAUUAUUUUCAGCUUAUUUAUUAAAAAAUCAUUUUUAUUAAAAUGAAAUUUGAAGCAAAGUAUUUAGAUUUAAGAAAAAAAACUUGGAGAUGUUAGAUUAAAAUUUCCAUUUCAUUCUCACUACCUUGGUUUUUACAUUUUUCCUUUUUGUAUUAUGUUCUAUGGAGUUGUAACACAAUGAACAAUUAAGUUCAUAUCUCUAGGCAGAUAUGCAUGUACCUAGCUUUUAACAUAUUAUAUACCAUAAUGGUUUUGUGCUUACGGUACAGACUUCUCAAUGUCAGAGUUGUUACUGGGAUCUAAAUAUUUUAUUAUGUGCAGGAAAGCACUAAGUACAUUUUUAACAGCUGAAGCUUAUAUACAACAGCAUUACAGAAAACACUAGUAAAGUACCCCUUACUGAAAGCCUUCUCUUGCACUGGUAUUCACAUGCAGGGGGGUUCAGAGCAGCUGGUAUUAUCUUUUAUUUCUUGGACCCCAUGCAAGUGGCCUCCUUAAACCUCAUUCCCAGCUUUGUCAAACUUUCUAAAGUCACUGGCAUAGUUUUGUUCUGAAGUCGUUGGACUACAUAGAGACUGAAGGUCUUAUUAACAGACAUUCCUGUUAUAUUCUUCCAUCAUUUAAUUUGCAAGUUUGCUGUGAUCAGUCAUACUAUUAGUUUGGGGGUUUGUUUGUUUGUUUUGGGGGGGGUUGUUUGUUAUGGUGCUGUUAGAAACAAGUUUUACCCUUUUCUUUUGUAGAAUGUUCUCUGUUAGGCAUUGCAUGACUUGUCUGGUAGUGCAUUUCAAAGGGGAAAAAACUUAACAGUGUCACUGACAUUGUUUCCCAAAGUCUGGUGGACCAAGAGCUGCAAAAGCAAUUAAUGAAAGCCAGGGAGUUAUGUACUCGGGGGCACAGAAUAGCUAAUUUAUCCAUAGGUCUAAUAGAUCUACUUACACAGGAUGUAGCACUACCUAAUAUGCCUGAUAGCUGUUCAUUGAAAUUUGGAUCUCAGGACUAUCAGAAAUUUGUCUCUACAGACUUAUAUCUUGGUAAUUUCCAAUUCCUGAACUCAGGAAAAGAGAUUGCUUAGUAGACAGUAUGAACCCAUAACAUUUAUGACUUAAUCAGGUUUAAGUUAAAUUAUUCUGGUUUUCUACCUUCAUUUAUCUAGAACUCUACUGAAAUCUUGACUAAACAGUUAAUGCUGCCCAUUCAAGAGACUAUUAAACCACCAUUUCUCAAUGUUAUAAAGUCUUUCAAUUUCAUAUAUUUAUUGCUUAUGUAUAGAUUUGUAUCUGUUUAUAUUCAAUAAAAUAUAUUGCAGUGG